UCAGGAGAGCUCCUCCUGUCAAACGACACCGUUGGAACGAUGAACCAUUCAUUGUAGUUUGGGUGGAUACUCAAGCCCUAGGAUUUCUGAUCCAGAUUCAGCUUCGAUUUCUCAAACGAGCUUAUAAUUGAUAAGACCAAUAGCUCAUUUACGAAAAAGGAAGGUCAAGAUCAGCCUGAAAUUAGUGGUCCCACUCCCAAAUCACAGCGAACCAAAAUGGGCAAACCCGAAGACAAUGAGAAAAAGAACUUGGGUAAGAAACUCAAAGAUGUGGAAAUAAGCGUUCCAAUAGUGUAUGGUAACAUCGCAUUCUGGCUUGGCAAGAAGGCGAGCGAGUAUCAGUCACAUAAAUGGACUGUAUAUGUUCGUGGAGCAACCAAUGAGGACCUUGGAGUGGUCAUAAAGCGUGCUGUUUUUCAGCUGCAUUCUAGUUUCAACAAUCCAACAAGGGUUGUGGAGUCACCUCCUUUUGAGUUGUCAGAGUCAGGAUGGGGUGAAUUUGAAGUUGCCAUCACACUUUAUUUCCACAGCGAUGUUUGUGACAAGCCUUUGAACUUAUAUCAUCACUUGAAGUUAUAUCCUGAGGAUGAGAACAGUUCCAUGUCAACAAAAAAGCCUGUUGUUGUGGAAUCAUAUGACGAGAUAGUUUUCCCUGAUCCUUCCGAGGCCUUUUUAGCUCGUGUGCAAAACCAUCCAGUAGUGAACUUUCCAAGAUUACCUGCCGGAAUAACCUUGCCUCAUCCAAUACCUGUUGAAGAUGCAAGUAAAAGGAGGAGAGGUGAUACUAAAGAUCAUCCGCUAACCCAAUGGUUCACAAAUUUCUCUGAAGCAGAUGAGCUCUUACAGCUUGCAGCAGCUCGUCAGCAGGUUCAAGCUCAUAUUGCUAAACUCAGACGCCAGAUCAGCUUGCUAGAUGGGCAGCAUCAGCUGUUCAAAUCUUCCUCUGACCAGUAGAUGUACACAAUUAGGACUCUGAAGUUUUUCUUUCAAUUAGCUAGCAGAUAAGCACUAUAAUAGGAGAAUGGAAUGAUUAUGUAGCUGGUCAGCAGGUUGUCUCUUCAAAUUUAUUUUUUCCACUUGUCUGUGCGGUGUUGUAAUUUUUCCAGAGAGUUGAGCUCCACCAAAAGGGGGGCCAAAUGUGCAUAAUUUAAUUGUUUAAGGUUAGAAAUUGUACUCUGCCUCUUCUAUUACCAUAACUAUGUAGACAUUGAUUUAUUGUAGUUGUUACCCCAUUGUGUGAGGCAAAGAAAUCCCACCGGCAGAGAUGGUAGUUUUGAAUGUCUUUGGCUA